AUGGCUCCCAAAUCAUCCCUUGGGCUCGAGUGCAGUGCCCCGCACAUCGGAGCAUCUCCUUUGCUCGGAGCUGUCGGCGAACUCGGCGCCAACUGUUUCUGUGCGCCCUUUGGCUCCGAAGUCGCCCUCAUCCCUCAUCCCUCAUCCCUCGAUCCUUCAGCCUCCUGUCUGAAAGAACGGGGAAUAGUCUGCCUCGAGUAAGGGCUGUUGAUUAUUAGCUUUUCACCUGAGAAGCUCUGCUGAAGUAGCUUCUAUACGAAGUGAAAUCGAAACCUCGACUCGGUAUAUCUUGGCGGAGCCCGCCAUUUGGGCAUUUCAGCCUCCCGUCAUCAAGUGGUGAUGAUUACCUUAUGUACGCUAGGUCUCACAAAUGCGGGGAAAAAUGCCCUAGUUCGUCGAACAUGGAAAAUAUAGGUAUGAAGUAAGUGCCAAGGCGUCGAGGAAGUUUUUGAUGACU